AUGGCCCUCAGCUUCUUCAGCGGCGGCGGAAGCGCCAGCAGCGCCAAGUACUUUGACAUUAGGUUGAACGACGAAUAUAUCGUCUUCCGUGGGGGUGAACAUGAAGCUGCCAGUGCGCAUCUGCGGGGCACUUUGGUCCUCUGUUUGUCCGAGCCGCUCACCAUCAAACACAUCCGUCUCCAGCUGACGGGCAUGUCCCGCGUUUGCUGGCACAUUCCGUCUAGUGCAGCCGCCGGUGGGCGCAAGUCAUGGCGGGAACGUGUGUUCUACGAGAAAUCAUGGACCUUCCGGGAUCCGGGUAAAGGCAAAACCGAAGUCCUCCCCGCAGGCAACUAUGAGUAUCCCUUUGAUGUUGUACUUGAGGGCUCUAUGCCUGAGAGUGUAGAAGGUCUUGCGGAGACAUGGGUGAUGUACCGCUUCAAGGCCGAGAUCGGCCGCAAAUACGUCAAGGACAUUGUGGCGCGCAAACCGCUCAGGAUCAUCCGAACUCUGGAUCCCAGCGCCUUGGAGCUUUCACAUGCAAUGUCCGUGGACAACAUCUGGCCCAACAAGAUUGAAUACUCCAUCAGUACUCCGACGAAAGCGAUUGUCUUCGGAACCGCGAUUCACGUCGAUUUCAAACUAAUCCCGCUUCUCAAGGGCCUUCGCAUCGGUCAAAUCACGUCACAGUUGAUCGAAAGCCACGAUCUUACCCUCAAUCCAGAAGACCCCGAUUCAAUUCGAAACACAUACAAGAUCACAAGGACGAUCUUGACCGACGAGUAUGAGCUGGACGAGGAUAACAUUGAAAUCAUCGAUGAAACGGCGGAGGGAUACCAAUGUACGCGUAUCCUAGAUAUGCCGCAAACGUUGACCCGUUGUCUGCAGGAUACGGACACCAAGGGUAUCAAAGUCCGCCACAAGUUGAAGUUCCGUAUUCAGCUGCACAACCCCGACGGUCAUAUCAGUGAGCUCCGCGCAACGCUUCCAGUUUCGAUUUUCAUCUCACCCCACCUUGCCAUCGACGACAACAACAACCUUCUCUCGCACACCCCUCAAUCUGCCCGCAUGGCCGUCGAUGAUUUCGCGCACCAGGCGCCUCCCCUUUAUGGCGAGCAUACCUUCGAUCAGCUGUAUAGCGAAUUGGAUCCCAGCGGCUAUCGCACACCAGGCCCCGGCAGUGGUCCAGGCACGCCAUUCACUCCUCUCAGUCGCAACAUCUCGUCAGAUAACCUCGCCUCCAUGAACGCCCUGACCAACACCGAUAUUUCGGCCUCAGCUCUGCACCACCGUCUCACAAACUUGAACGCAAGUUCCUUCCACAAUCCUAACCACCCCAUCACUCCUGGUACAGUCACUCCUAGCGAGGCGGCACUGCACGGAUCUCACUCCCCAAUUCCAAUAGAAGGGCACAACAUUCAUCGCCAGUUGGGUGUCUCCGGUGACUACUUCGGACCGUCUUCAUACCCACACAACCAGGCGAGUCCAGAGCUCUCCCGUCGGCCAUCCGACGAAGUGGAGCACGACACCCUUCCCUCAGGCAUGGCAACCCCCUUCCACCCCCACUACGCUGAGGUAGAGACCCUCAGCCGGGUCCCCAGCUACUCGACCGCAGUGCGCUGCGCCGUGCGUCCACAUGACUCGGGCCUUCCUGAUUACAACGCUGUAAUCGCGAGCAGUCUUCCCACACUACCAGUCCCGCAGUCUCCCCAGCAGGCUUAUAUCCGCAGCGGACGUGCAAGCGGGACUGCAACUCCCCUAGAGGUGGAUCGCCCCGGCUACUUCAGUUCCCACGGCACCCAUGCUGAUGAUGAGGAUCGCAGACUUAGAAUUGCGCAAGCUCGCGCCAGAGUAUGA